GGGGCUGAAGUGAUCCUCCUGCCUCAGCACCCCCCAAGUAACUGGGACUACUACUGAGGGUGUCAAAUGAGGCAUGUGCCACCGGGGCUGGCUUUUGACAGGCAUUUCUAAUUCCUCUAAACCCCAUUACCCCCAGCCCCCUAAGUGCCUGUCUGACCAUAGUUGCUUCUGUCCUACCAAGAAGGGGAACCUCUAGUUACUGCCAAAAUUUCCUCUGAACAUUCCUGCUCCUGAGGGCUCGGCAAAAGGAGAACAGCAGACUUAAUUAACUCCCAGUGACUGGCAGCAUCGUGUUUUUAUCUAGGCUGCGUCGCCAUGGCAGCCUCAUGGCGGGGUUGUUGAGGGGGUGGGCAGAGCUAUUGUUCCUGACGUUGUCUGUUCUAGAACGCAGGCCCGGCAAAAAGGACUGGCACGGGCACCUGGUGGCACAUGGCUGAAGGCAGCCACAGAGUCAGACAGGAGCCAUCUGGGGAGAAUGUGGGGUGGCCUGGCAUCCUCCCAGCUUGGGGCUCAGGCUAUGGGCCCCAAAACAGUGAAUGUAUGCUCGCCUGCCUUCAAUGUGCUAAGGAUGGGAAGGUCCUGGGGCUCUGAAUGAGGCCCACAGAGUAGUUCAGGCAGCAACACUCUCUCAUCCCACUCAGGAUAGGGUUUUGUGGCCAAGCCUGAGGUCAAACUAGGUUCUGCCACCUGCCGUCUGCACAACUCCUUGCUCCCACAAUCCUGUCUGUGUACCCUAAAGGGUUCUGUGUCAAAGCGCCUGGUAUAAAGCACCCAAGAAGGUCCCCCUUCUGGUCCGUGGGGGGGAGUCACCGGCUGCCCCUCACUGCACAAAGGCAGGGCUCCUGGCUACACACCUCUGGGGUGCCAGGCUGCCCCUCGGUGUGGCUGUGGACAGACGUGGAACUAGCGAUGCCAGCCUCGAGUGAGUGAGUGCAGGGCCAGGUGGAUCCGAGGAAGAUGAGCUUCCAAAUCUCAUCUACUUUUCCUCAUCUCUGCGGAGAGAGACAGGAAUUGGGGGAAGGGAGACAGCGGCCUGGAGAUGGCGUGGAGGAGCCAAGUGGGGCUGCGUUUGUGCAGGAGGCGGGGAAGCUGGAAUCCUACAGGCGAGGCAACCCGAGGAAAGGAAGGGCCUGGCCCACCCCCUCGCGGCUGGUCAGGCGGCGCAAACAAAGGCAGGGCCGAGGCACGCAGGGCAGUCAGCUGCCAACCCGAGCCCCUGUACGGGGCGGGCGCAGCGAAGACCCGGAGGCCCAAGGGCAGGGCCGGAUGUCCUGGAGCUGGGCGCCAGGAGGGCUGCUUGUGGGGCUCGAGAAGUGGCCCGCCCUUCCUCGCUCAGAGGAGCCUCGCCGAGACUCUUCAGCGCCUGGGUCCCUCGCGGCCCUGGGUGAAGCACUUUCGCGCGCUGGCCGGCGCCAUGGGAAGGAGAGGGCGCCGCAGCUGUCCCUCGCCGGCGCGCACACGACUUGAGCCACGCCGCAGGCAGCCCCCAGCCGCGGGUCCCCGGAUGACGCUGGCGGCACCUGGGAGCGUGACGCGGGUUCGGGGCCACGCAGAGGAGCCCAGUGUCCAGUGAAGCUGCUGAGGACGCAUUGCUCACGCCGCCGCCAUGGUGAUGUCCCAGGGCACCUACACGUUCCUCACGUGCUUCGCCGGCUUCUGGCUCAUCUGGGGUCUCAUUGUCCUGCUCUGCUGCUUCUGCAGCUUCCUGCGCCGCCGUCUCAAACGGCGCCAGGAGGAGCGACUGCGCGAGCAGAACCUGCGCGCCCUAGAGCUGGAGCCUCUGGAGCUCGAGGGCAGCGUGGCCGGAAGUCCGCCGGGCCUGGCGCCGCCGCCACCACCGCACCGCGGUCGCCUGGAGGCGCCGGCGCACGCGCAUCCACACGUACACGUGCACCCCCUGCUGCACCACGGGCCCGCGCAGCAGCACGCGCACCCACACCCGCAUCCGCACCACCACGCGCUGCCGCACCUCUCGGUGCCGCCCCGGCCCUGGAGCUACCCGCGUCAAGCGGAAUCGGACAUGUCCAAGCCACCGUGUUAUGAAGAGGCGGUGCUGAUGGCAGAGCCGCCGCCGCCCUACAGCGAGGUGCUCACGGACACGCGCGGCCUCUACCGCAAGAUCGUUACGCCCUUUCUGAGCCGCCGCGAUAGCGCGGAGAAACAGGAACAGCCGCCGCCCAGCUACAAGCCGCUCUUCCUGGACCGGGGCUACACCUCGGCGCUGCACCUGCCCAGCGCCCCACGGCCCGCAGCGCCCUGCCCCGCCCUCUGUCUGCAGGCCGACCGGAGCCGCCGGGUCUUCCCCAGCUGGACCGACUCAGAGCUCAGCAGCCGCGAGCCCUUGGAGCACGGAGCUUGGCGUCUGCCGGUCUCCAUCCCUUUGUUCGGGAGGACUACAGCCGUAUAGAGGGGCGCCCGGCGUCCUGGGCCCCACCGGCGAACUCCUGGCCUGACUGCGGGGCUUUUUAAAUGCUUCCCUUGGACUGUGGGGGAGGGGGGAGGGAGGGAUUUCAUACCCCGUUUGUUACAUUUUGAGGAUAAUAAAGGUGUGUGAUCUGCUUUGGUA